AUGGAUGUACCUUGGUAUUACCAUAUUAAAGAACGUUGUGGUAUACGAAACCAAAAGCGACAGAGUUGUGGGAAUGAAUCCUCAGAUGAUGAAGGUAUAUCAUGCUACGACAGCUCAGAUCUCGGACUUGAUAGUAGCGAUGACGAAGAUGUGAACGAUCUUAAUGAUAUGAAGAGUAGAUAUCAGAAAUGUCUGUCGAAAACUAAUGAGCUCUACCUUAGACUUGCUGAAUCCCAAAGCGAGGAACUCAAGAAUUACAUCCCUUUAACGCUAGUGACACCAAUAUCGCCCACUAAUUCAGUCGACCGAAUGUCCCUUUCGCAAACCUUCAUUUAUAGCGAGUUAAAAUAA